CCUGAGCGAAUCGAUCAGCCCGCCGUAUCGCUAUAUAAGCUCGGUGAAACCACAAUCUGCCACAACAGUAUCUCCAGCUAUCAUUCAAAAUGAAGUUCUUCGUUUUCGUGGCCAUCGCUUUUGCUCUGCUUGCUUGCAUGGUGCAGGCUCAGCCCGUUUCCGAUGUGGAUUCGAUUUCGGAGGAUCACCCUCUGGUGCACGAGGAUGCCCACCAGGAGGUGGUGCAGCACAGCCGCCAGAAACGAGCCACCUGCGACCUACUCUCCAAGUGGAACUGGAACCACACCGCCUGCGCCGGCCACUGCAUUGCCAAGGGGUUCAAAGGCGGUUACUGCAACGACAAGGCCGUCUGUGUUUGCCGCAAUUGAAUUCGUUUCGCUCUGUGCACCACAGACUUUUGUCUUAUAAAAGUGUCACAAUAGAAACAGAACGAAUUUAUAAAAUAAUCGACCUGUCUAAUCAAUAAAUAUUUAAUAAAUGGA